UUCAUAAACAUAUAUUAAGAUAAUCUUUGCGAAGAAGUUUUUGCCUAAGAAACUCUUAUUCUAUUUGAGAAUAUCUUCGCAAAAAUUUGCUUAAGAUGAUACUUAUUGAUCAUUCAGCUAUUUCCGUAUUAUUUCUUUUAGGCCAACCAAUAAAAAUGAUCCUUCCUUUGAGCUGAAGUGGUUAAAACAAGAGUGGUCUGUUCUUUUUAACUAUAUUACUACACUAGUGCAACAAGUUAAAGUGGACAUGUGAGAAAUGUGAUACACUUGAUUAGAAGAAUUAACAAAUUUUUAUUUACUAGUUGUCUCAUUGUAAGAUUUCAAUCUUUAAAAUUAAAAAAUUUGAAAAUGUCGAAGAAUAAACAUUAUACAACUGUGGAAAGAAAACUUUUCGUAGAGAUAUUAAAAGAUUUUAAGCAUGUCAUUGAGGUUAAAAAAAGUGAUUCUUCAACACUUCAUGACAAAGAACUUGCAUGGGUUGAAAUUUGUAAGAGAUGUAACGAUUCUUCCAUGAUUAUGCAAGAACGUACAGUUCAACAGCUAAAGAAACUCUGGACAAAUAUUAAACAAACUCAAAGAGAAUUAUUAACUAAAGAAAAACAAGCUCGUCUAGCCACUGGUGGUGGCCCGCCACUACCAGAAAUAAACAUUGAUCCUGAUGUUGCCAUAAUAGCACCACAUCUUUUAAAAACAGCUCCUGUUCUGCUUACAUCUAAUAUGACAGAAAAUGAGAUAAAUGAGAAAGGAGAACAUGUUUUGAACCUUUUAGUAAAUGAUGACAUCUCAUCAUUAUACGGGAGUAAUGUUGAUGAACUGAAUGAUAAAGAAAUUAACAAAACACAAGAUAUAAUAAUGGAAGAGAUGAUUGACAAAGAGAACCAAGAUACUAAUCUUUGUAAUGAAGUUUUUGAACCGAAAGAAGAAAAUAAAUUGGAUUUUGCCUAUACGCGACCAGUAAAAAUAGUAAAAGGAAAGAGAAAUAUAAAAGAAAAUUUUGUUAGCGAGGAAGAUACUAUAAAGAUAAAAAGAAUAAAGCAAAUCAUAGAACAAGAGAAAGAUAUAUCAGAUAUAAAAAAAUUUCAUGAGAAAAGAAUUGCUACAAUGAAAGAAAAUCUUCAAACAGAAUUAUUUGCUUUACAAAUUCGAGAAGCUAUUGCGAAAGCUGAGUUAGCCGAGUUACAAUUACAAAGGGAGAAAGAAAAUAUGCGUUUUUAAAAGAAGUCUGUAAAAGGAAAUAUCGAAGUCCAUUUAACCAAAGAAAUAUUAUAAGAGAAAGUUAUUUAUUUUUAGCUGCAAGAAAUAAUAUUAAAGUAUUGAAUAAUAUAGAUUAACCGUAUUAUGUUAAUGUCCGAUAACUCACUGCACAGCCACGAUGUAUACACAAAAUAUUU